UAGUUGACAUGGCUCCCCCGGCCUCGUUCCAAUCAAAUUCGGGCCCAGACGUUCUAGAAAUCACAACUACUGAUGUCCUCUCGGAAUGAUGUUGCCUGCAUUCCACCCCCGCCCUUAUCUUUUCAGCUAAGUUUAUGGCUACCAUCCACAUUCAGACGUGUACAAUGUUCGAGUGCUGUCUGACGCGACGCCCUUUGACACGCACGGGACAAGUCGCUUGACAGGCAGCCAAGGCGACAGUUUUUGCAGGCAAUACUGUUUCAACCGGUCUCUAGACUUAUUCCCAUUUAAGGAAAACGCGUCUGGGAUAAAGCUACGAGGCUUUAACUUAGUUCUCGGCCAGCAUUUCAAGGGAAAGCCAGUGAAAAACUACACUCCGAGACCCUUGUUUAGCUUCUAGCCUUCGCCCCGCCCCACUCUUUGCGCAUGCGACAGUCGACCUAGAUCAUUGGUUGAGCGAAUGAGACUAAGUGGGCACCGUGAUUGGGCGGGUCUAAAUUCCGCACGCUGUGAUUGGUCCGUAGAAAGAUCGCGGCGCGCGCGCGGGAGCGAGCUUUGAAAGUUGAGCACGGCGGACGGGAGCCGGUUCCUCCAGUAUCAUGGUGGCGCUGCGGGGCCUAGGGAGCGGCCUGCAGCCCUGGUGCCCGGUGGAUCUCAACCUCGAAUGGGUGGAUUCAGUGUGGGAACAUGAUUUCACAGAGACAGAGCCACUGGAUCCCAACAUUGAGGCAGAGAUCAUAGAGACUGGACUGAGUACAUUCACCAAUCUCUAUGAAAACCUUUUUCCCUUUGCUACUGAAGAACAUGCGUCUUCAGAGAACAUUUGGACCUUCUUCAUUGAGAAUAAUAUUUCUCAUAGUAUGCUGGUGGCAUUAUUCCAUCACUUUAUCCAGGUAGCACAUAAGAAAAAUGCCAGUGUACAGCAUCGAGAGUAUGGCCUUCAUGCUGCUGGGCUUUAUUUUCUGCUACUAGAAAUACCUGGCAGUGUCGCCAAUCAAAUAUUCCACCCAGUGAUGUUUGAUAAGUGCAUUCAGAUUCUCAAGAAGAGCUGGCCUCAGGAAUAUAACUUGAAUAGGAAAAGAAAGAAAGAACCCACUAAGAACUCUCAGGAUAAUACAAGAAGCAAUAGAAAAAGAGGAAGACCGUUCAGGAAAGAUGAUACUGAGAUGGAUGAACUUAUAGAAGAUGAAGAUGAAGAAAGUAUAUAUUUUUCUGCCCGGGACCUUUCUCAAAUUCGAAAUGCCAUAUUUCACCUUUUGAAGAAUUUUUUAAGGCUUCUGCCCAAGUUUUCUCUCAAAGAAAAGCCACAGAGUAUGCAGACUUGUAUAGAGGUCUUUGUUGCAUUAACUAAUAUUGAGUCAAUUUCUCAUGAAUUUCAUGCUACACAAGCCAGAAAUGUUAAUGAUGCAAACUGCAUAGCAGAACUGGCCUAUCAUGGAUUGUAUUUGCUGUGCUCUCCAACUCAUGGAGAAGGAAAUAAGGUUAUUGCCUGUAUUUUUCAUCAACUGCUAAAUGUAAUACUGAUGUUAGGAGUAGGCAAAAGAUCUCAUCACGCCCCGCUGACUAUUACAUCACAAGUCAUCAAUCAAAAAAAUCAAGCAGUCCGGUUUAUCAGUGCUCUUGUGGAUGAACUGAAGGAAAGUAUAUUCCCAGUCCUUCACAUUUUGCUGCAACACAUCUGUGCCAAGGUGGUAGAUAAAUCAGAGUAUCGGACCUCUGCAGCCCAGUCCCUGGUCCAGCUGUUGAGUAAACUUCCUUGUGGAGAAUAUGCUACCUUCAUUUCCUGGCUUUACAAAUACUCACGAAGUUCCAAGAUCCCACACCGAGUUUUUACUCUCGAUGUUGCCCUAGCUCUCUUAGAGCUUCCUGAAAGAGAAGCGGAUGACACUGUCUCUCUGGAGUAUCAGAAGCUCCUAAAGCAUAAGUUCCUGGUGCAAGAGAUUAUGUUUGAUCGUUGUUUAGACAGAGCACCUACGGUCCGCAGUAAGGCACUGUCCAGCUUUGCACAUUGUCUGGAUUUGUCUGUGAACAGCGCAUCUGAGACUGUGCUGGAGCUUCUCGUUAGCAAUCCUUUAGUUUCAAGACUAGACAGUGACUCUGGUGCCUUACUGAAAAGUUCAUCAGGUUUUUGCUAUCGGAAGCAGACGUUUACCACUUGUGAACCCUCUGGGGAGGUGAACACAAACAACAGUGAGAAAGCUGGGUCUGAGGAGAGAUGUGUCCCAGCGAUGUUGAGGAUGAGGAUCAAGGAUGAGAAGAUCAAUGUCAGGAAGUGUGCACUCCAGGUGUUGGUGAGUGUUCUGAAACACUGUGACAUCUUGGGUAUGGAGGAGGACCUGUCAAUCCUGCAGAACCACUGUCGGGACCCUGCAGUGUCUGUCCGGAAGCAGGCCUUACAGUCUCUUACUGAGCUGCUUUUGGCACAACCAAAAUGUGUGUUGAUCCAAAAGGCCUGGCUGGAGGGCAUCAUUCCAGUGGUGAUAGACUCUGAGAGCACUGUGCAGGAGAAGGCCCUCGAGUGCCUGGACCAGCUCCUGCUUCAGCACAUCAAGCAUCCCAGCAAGUUUCAUGCUGGGGAUAGCAGCCAGGUGCUUGCAUGGGCACUUCUUACUCUCCUUACCACAGAGAGCCAGGAACUGACGCGCUAUUUAAAUAGGGCUUUUCAUAUAUGGUCUAAGCAGGACAAGUUCUCAGGCACGUUUAUCAACAACGUGGUAUCUCACACUGGCACGGAGCGCUCCGCACCUGCCUGGAUGCUGCUGUCCAAGAUUGCCUCCUCGUCACCCCAACUGGACCACAGGAGAAUAAUGCAGGCCUGGGGGACAGUCAGCAGUCAGCAGAAUCCCAAUUCUAACACCUUAGGACAUAUAUUGUGUGUCAUUGGACAUAUUGCAAAGCAUCUUCCUAAGAGCAUACGGGACGAGGUAACUGGUGUUAUCAAGUGCAAGCUGAAUGGAUUUCAUUGGUCUCUCGAGGGGAUAAGCUCGGCUGUUGAUACUUUGCAGAUGCUAUGUAGAGCAUCUGCAAGUUCGCCCGCGGAAGAACAGGAGCUGAUGAAGCAGGUGUGCAGGGAUGUGCUCUCCACCUGUGAGCACCACCUCUCCAACAUCCUUCUGAAGGAGGAUGGCGCCACCACUGUGGAGGAAGACCUGUUGGUGAAAUACAUUUUUACCCUGGGAGACGUCGCUCAGCUGUGUCCAUCCAGAGUGGAGAAGAGAAUCUUUCUUCUGGUUCAGUCCAUCCUGGCCUCUUCCACUGACGGAGAUCAUUUGCCAGCAUCGCAAGGUACCAGUGAUGCCCCACCUGCACAGCCAGUCUCUAAGGCCAGAGGCUCGGUCAUGCCCUCCGUGAUCAGGGCGCAUGCCAUCAUCACCUUAGGUAAGCUCUGCCUGCAGAAUGAGGACCUGGCCAAGGAGAGCAUCCCAGCCCUUGUGCGAGAGCUCGAGGUGUGUGAGGAUGUGGCCAUUCGCAACAACGUCAUCAUUGUGAUGUGUGAUCUUUGUAUCCGAUACACAGUCAUGGUGGACAAGUACAUUCCCAACAUCUCCAUUUGUCUGAAGGAUUCAGACCCCUUUAUCCGAAAGCAGACUCUCUUCUUGCUUACCAACCUCUUGCAGGAGGAGUUUGUGAAAUGGAAAGGCUCUCUGUUCUUUCACUUUGUCAGCACACUGAUCGAUUCACAACCAGAUGUUGCCAGUUUGGGGGAGUUCUGCCUGGCUCACUUGCUACUGAAGAGGAACCCCACCAUGUUUUUCCAGCACUUUAUUGAGUGUAUAUUCCACUUCAACAACUAUGAGAAGCAUGAGAAGUAUAACAAAUUCCCCCAGUCCGAAAGAGAGAAGCGGCUGUUUUCACUGAAGGGAAAGACCAACAAGGGGAGGCGAAUGAGAAUCUACAAGUUUCUUCUAGAGCACUUCACAGAUGAGCAGCGAUUCAAUAUCACUUCCAAAAUCUGCCUUAGUAUUUUGGCAUGCUUUGCUGAUGGCAUCUUACCCCUGGACACAGAGGCCAGUGAAUUGCUUUCAGAUACAUUCGACGUCCUCAGCUCAAAGGAGAUCAAGCUUUUGGCAAUGAGAGCUAAACCAUGCAAGGACCUCCUUAUGGAAGAAGAUGACAUGGCUUUGGCAAAUGUGGUCAUGCAGGAGGCCCAAAUAAAGCUCAUUUCACAGGUUCAAAAGAGGAAUUUCAUAGAAAACAUUAUUCCAAUUAUCAUCUCCCUAAAGACUGUGCUGGAGAAAAAAAAGAUCCCAGCUUUACGAGAACUCAUGAACUAUCUCAGGGAAGUGAUGCAAGAUUACCGAGAUGAAAUCAAGGAUUUCUUUGCAGUUGACAAACAACUGGCAUCUGAACUGGAGUAUGACAUGAAGAAAUACAACGAACAACUGGCCCAGGAGCAAGAGCUAGCAAAGCAGGCUGAUGUUGGUCCUGGCUCAGAAGUCAUGCCAGCUCCCGCUGGCCAAGAAAAUGCUGCCGUGCCCCCAGCUGCAAGCCAGCCCUCAACACCUAGAUCUGGCACUGUUCACGCACCACCUUUGCCUCCCACACCUGAAGCUGGGCCUCUGAAGAUGUUAAUUCCCAGUGCAAGGCGCAUGUCCCUGAGCACCAUCGCCAUCCUGAAUUCGGUCAAGAAAGCUGUGGAGUCCAAGAGUAAACAUCGCAACCAGAGCUCAGGAGUUCCUCCCUUUACUUUAAUGUCGGAAAGCCCAGAGAAACCGGGCAGCCGGGCACCUUCCUACAGCUUGGAGCAAGAGUCUGAUGGUGCUAUCAAGCAGUUGCGGGCAAUCAGUACUCCUGAGAGACCCAUCACGGACGUCACCUUCGGAGCAGGGGUCAGUUACAUAGGGACGCCACAGACUCCUUUCCCAGCCAAAGAGAAAAUUGAAGUCCAGAAUCAAGGAGACGACAUUUUGUGUCUAUCACUGCCUGAUAAAGCGACUCCACCACCUCCGCAGUGGAACGUGAAGUCUCUAGGCCAGACCGAAGGCCACCCAAGCUCCAGCAGGAGGUCCAGAAAGGCCCCCCUGAAAGCAGCUAACUGAACAAAGGCACCGAGGCCUGUGUCUGGGAAGGCAAGAGGCCUCGAGGGAGCCUUCUGUGUCCUGUGUGUGGAAAGGCAGAGGGGUUGGGCUCUCCACCUCACCCCCCAUCGUGCUGCCCUCCUGUACAGAGCAACUGUGUGGUCAGCAUGCUUGCCCAGCAAAGCUGUGUUUAUCUUUAAGACACAUGGCCAAACUUUGUAAAAUUGACAAACUGCAGAUUUCAGAUUUUUUACCCUGAAGUUAAUCUAUUUAGUAUUAUAACUUUGGAUGUCAAAUCCACUGUGAUAAAUUGGUCUUUCAGGAAUACAACUUCUUUUAUAUAAAUGAAGCUCCUAUCCGCUUAUUUGAAUUCCUUAUAGUACAUAUUUUCCCAGAUCCAUUGACACAAAUUUGAAUGUAUUAUUUUUUCUAUUAUUUAUAAUUGCUGAGUUACAAGAAGUGUACAGCUUUCUAAUAAAAGUUAUGCAUAAAUAUA